CUACACCUCAGCUCUGGAUCCAUCUACCUUACUCUGUAUCUCUAUGGCGAUAGAGCCAUUUCAGCCCUGAAUUUCGCCAUUCGUUAACUUGACUGUUCGGCUCCUGCAGCCUUCCAAUUCGCUUCAUUUCUUCCAGUGAAGACGCCGCAUAGAUAGGGAUACUAUCCAGUCGCAAUCCAACACGGCUCAACGAGACUGCAACCUCGUAGAUAUCUUGACCCGGACUGCUUGGGGACCAGCGACGCAGUAAAAGAGCCUCUCAAACAUUUUAUCAUCACAAUGUUCCAGCCAAACCCCCAAGACCACCUUCACCUGCGCCUCCACCGCGCCAGAUCCGUGAUCCUAACCGCCGAGGAACUCGUCGAGAUCCGCGCCGCCCAACGAACCUUCGAAGGCGCCUACAUGCGCACAGCCCUCUCCCAAUUCUCCUUCGCCCUCAUCAUCCUCAAAAUCUUCACCUCGGAGUUCUACGCCAUCGGCGCCCUGUUCGCCGUCUACGGCGCCGCCGUCAUGCUCGUCGCCAUCUUCCGCCGCCACGAGGGGAACCGCCAGUUCUUCACGAGUCCCAAGGUAGACGAGGGCAGCGGCGUCGCGAGCGGCGGCGUGGUGCGCAAGUUCCGCACGAGCGGGAAUAGCGUCGCGAUGCUUACCGUCUUGAGUCUUGCUGCGUAUGUUACGCUUUUGGUGCUGACGUGGCAGCUUGUGCAGUGAUGUGAGAGGUGAAGGAGGAAGGGGGAGUAGGCCGAUCUGGUUUUAUGCGGUUUUUUGGUGAUGGAGGAUGGAGUUUUGGCGAUUACGGCUGCUGGCGUCUCUUCUGUCUAUAAAAUGUACGAGGCCGCGGUGAUUUAUUCUCUCAUCAAAUCAUGGACCCCGAAUCUCAGAUUCCAG